GGAUGUAGAGGGGGCGGGGUCCCCGCGCGCCCCACCCUGGGGUCACGUGAUGCGAAUGUCACGUGACGGAGCGAUGGGGACUACGCUGGACGUGCGGGUGAAGCGCGCCGGGAAGGUUUAUCGCGAUGGGGUGAAUCUCACCUUCAACUUGGCCAUCCUUUUCCUUCUCUUCCCUCUCCCGUGGCUGCCCAUCCCAAUUUUCAUACAGCAAUUCCUCCUGGCAGUUAAUUCCAGCACAUCAAGCAGAACUUGGCUGUUACCAGCUGACCCAGUGAGAGGGUUCUUCAUCUUCCUGGGCAGGAAAAUCUUGAAACUUUGGGAAGAAUUUGAAGCUCGGGUUAAUACUUCAGCCAAGAGCAGGAUGAUAUUUUUAAGGAAAUCCAGAAGUGCAAAGCUUUCAUCCUAAAUUCCUUCAUCAGUGUUUGUCCUGACAAGGUUACACCAUUCUUUGGGAAGUUCUUUCUGGAGUGGUGGUCAUAACCAGUAAGGACACGGUGCAGCACCAAGGCAUCUCCUUAACCAUGGAGGGCUCGGUAAAUCUGCAGCUCAGUGCCAAAAACGUGGGUGUGUUUGAGGCCUUCUGCAACACUGCCAAGCCUAUUCAGAUUAUCAACAGCACCAUUGAAAUGGUGAAACCAGGGAAGCUCCCCAGUGGCAAGACAGAAAUUCCCUUUGAAUUCCCGCUGCAAAUGAAGGGCAACAAAGUUCUGUACGAGACAUAUCACGGAGUCUUUGUCAAUAUCCAGUACACCCUGCGCUGUGACAUGAGGCGCUCGCUGCUGGCAAAGGACCUGACCAAGACUUGUGAAUUCAUUGUCCACUCCCAGUCACAGAAAGGGAAGCUGCUGCCGAGCCCUGUGGACUUCACCAUUACUCCUGAAACUCUGCAAAAUGUUAAAGAGAGAGCCUCCCUCCCCAAAUUCCUGAUCAGAGGGCACCUGAACUCCACCAACUGUGUGAUCACGCAGCCGCUGACGGGGGAGCUGCUGGUGGAGAGCGCCGAGGCGGCCGUCAAGAGCAUCGAGCUGCAGCUCGUGCGUGUGGAGACCUGUGGGUGUGCUGAGGGCUACGCCAGGGACGCCACGGAGAUCCAGAACAUCCAGAUCGCGGACGGUGACGUCUGCAGGGGCCUCCCCAUCCCCAUCCACAUGGUGUUCCCCAGGCUCUUCACCUGCCCCACCCUGGAAACAACCAACUUCAAAGUGGAGUUUGAAGUGAACAUCGUGGUCCUUCUGCAGGAUGACCAUCUCAUCACAGAGAACUUUCCCCUGAAGCUCUGCAGGAUGUGAACACCCACAGGAGGAACAGGGAAGGAUUUAACUGGGAAUUCCUGAGGGGAAGUGGAACUUUAUCCAUGCCUGACUUCAGCAGGAGCCACCUCACUUCCUUCUCCCUUUUUGUGCUUUCCCUUUCCUGUUAACCUGGCCAAGACUUUGCCUCUCUGGAUUUCCCAAUCCUGCUGCCUUCAACAACAUUUUCUCCAAUUUUUCUCAGGCAAAUCCUGAAGGAAUCAUUCUGUAGCUUUCUUACAGCUCGUGGGAGGAUGUAGCAAGUUCCUCUCUUGAUGAAAUUUUGUAAUACUUGCUCCAAAGUCCUUUGAAGACCCCUGAAAACUCAUAAAUCCCAUUAGAGCCAUACUGGGAGGGGAUGGGAACUGUGACAGAAUGAGAAAAAGGGUUUUGAAGGUCUAAAAAAUGCUGCUACAACUCUGGAAGGUGUUGCUGUGGGAUCAGUCCCAAGGCAGAUGGGAAAUGAGUGAUUUCAAGCCACACCAAGGGAAUUUUGGUCAAACUAAGAACAGGAGUUGGUGUUGGAGGAAUAAAUGAAUGUGUUUUGUACAACUUAAAUGAAAAAUAAUUCACUAAGAAAUAACCUUCCCAACACAAA